AUGUCAUCCAACGAGACCAAGUUCGAAGGCUGGGUUGCGCUAGACAAGAAUGCUGCCGAGGGUCAGAUGGUCUGGCAAACCUACGAGCCCAAGCCGUGGGAAGAGACCGACAUUGAUAUCAAAAUCACGCAUUGCGGAGUUUGCGGUACAGAUGUUCAUCAAUUACGAUCUGGAUGGGGCCAGACAGCCUACCCCGUAGUCGUUGGCCACGAACUUGUUGGCAUUGUUGUACGGGCUGGCAAGGAAGCAGCAAAAACGGGCAUUCAAGUUGGCGACCGAGUUGGCGUGGGUGCGCAAAAUGACUCUUGCCAGUGCCGCAAGCCGCCUCAAAUUCCCACAGACCACUCCGAUUGCAGCGCCUGUUCCACGGGCAAUGAGGUGUAUUGCCCGAAUAUGACGUUGACGUAUGGUGCCCAGUAUCUCACUGGUGGAAAAAGUAUGGGGGGAUACGCUCGCUAUCACCGAUGCCCGGCCGCGUUUGCUUUCCUGAUUCCUGAUGAACUGGCUAGUGAGCACGCAGCGCCAAUGAUGUGUGCUGGCCUGACUGUCUUCUCUCCACUCACCUACUUUGGGACUUUUGGCAAAGACCAAGGUCCUCUUGACCAGCGGCUCGAGGGGGUGAGCGUGGGCGUAAUUGGAAUCGGUGGUGUGGGCCACUUCGCUCUCUUAUUCGCCAAGGCCAUGAAUGCUAAGCGAGUUGUAGCAUUUUCUCGCCGUGCAGAAAAGCGAGAAGAUGCUCUAGCCCUUGGAGCUGACGAGUAUGUGGCUACAGCCGAAGACCAAGGCUGGGAGACCAAGUAUGCCAGCUCACUGGACUUGAUUCUCUGCGCUGUAUCAAGUUCCAACAUGCCAUUGACCGACUACAUCAACUUGCUCAAACGCGACGGUACCUUCUGCCAGCUUGGCCUCCCGGACGACGGCAUGUUCAAAGUCGGGGCCGGGCCUAUAGCUUCACAACGCCGCAAACUAACUGGAAGUUUUAUGGGCUCACCACAUGAAAUCCGGGCCAUGCUCCAGCUAGCUGCUGAUAAGGGGAUUAAGCCAUGGGUCGAGCAGCGGCCGAUGAGCGAGGCAAAUCGCGCCAUUGUUGACAUGGAGCUCGGAAAGGCAAAAUAUCGAUAUGUGUUGGUCAAUGAUGAUGUCUAA